UAUUUUAUUGCACACACAAGAUAAAGAAACACAGAAAGAACAUACAAUAAAAGUAGCGAUCUCUUCCAGACUAGCAUACGCAAUGCGUAGGGAAAAAUAUUAGAACAUUUAAAAAAAAAACAAACAAACAUUUUACAUAUUACACAAACGAAGUCUUAAUAGAAUGUUAUCGUGUUAACAUUAAAAAUACGUAAAAUGAAUCAUACUCGCAGUUGACAACAGUAAAUUGACAGAAACAUCACAACUGUCAGUGUCAGAAAGUUGUCUGUUAGUGGAAUGUAUUGGAUUUUGCUCGAAUAGUUUUUUUUCGCAUUAUAUGCAUCGAUAUAAACACAAUGAUACUGUUUAACAAUAUUGUAGCAGCUGAAAAGAUUUUGCAAUUACUGCUAUGAGAGAAAUCGGACUAGAAUUGUAAAAAGUGGUCGUGGACUGAGAUCUAGUGAGUGGUGGGCGAUUGUUUUGCAACACUUAAACCACGAUGGAAGGCGACAAUGCAGCCCCAGAACAAGAACAAGCGGGUGGAGGCGGUGAGCACAGUGCGGCUGAGGGAGAUGGAGACAGAGGGAGGUACAGCAUGAUGGACCGUUGUCCAUCGCAGUCAUCGUUGGACGAGUCGUCUCAGCGGCGCGAGUCGGGCGAGCAGGAGGCGGGCGCGCAGCACGCCACGCAACUGCUGGACGCGCUGGCGCGCCUGCGCAGGGACGCGCUGCUGUGUGACGUGAGACUGCAGGCGCAGAUCGACGGCACGUCGCGCGUGAGCGAGGGCGUGUGGGCGCACCGCGCGGUGCUGGCCGCGUGCUCGCCCUACUUCCGCGCCAUGUUCACGCAGUUCACCGAGCGCACGCGCCCCACCGUCACCAUACAGAACGUUGAGCCGAGUGCUCUGGAAGCAAUCAUAGAGUAUGUGUACAACCCGGACUCGCUCGUCAUCACUGAAGACAAUGUACAGAGCGUGCUGUCGGGCGCGUCGCUGCUGCAGGUGGCGGGCGCGCGCGCGGCCAGCUGCGCCUUCCUCGCCGCCGCGCUGUCGCCCGACAACGCGCUCGGCAUCCGCGCCUUCGCCGACCUGCACGCCUGCGCCGACCUCGCGCACUGCGCCGCCACCUUCGUGCACAAGCACUUCGUCGAGGUGCUGGAAACGGAGGAGUUCCUCGCGCUGGACGCCGACACGCUCGCGCAGCUGCUCGCUAGUGAUCAGAUCACGGUGCCAAACGAAGAGGUGAUUCUGGAUGCCGUAGUGCGCUGGAUGCAACACGAUCCUGAGAGGCGGCGCGCGCGGCUGGGCGCGCUGCUGGAGCACGUGCGGCUGCCGCUGCUGCCGCAGGACGUGCUGGUGGCGCGCGCCGCCGCCGAGCCGCUGGCCAGCGCCGAGCUGCGCGUCAAGGACCUGGUGAUCGAGGCGCUGUCGUACCACCUGCUGCGGCCCGAGCGGCGCGCGGCCGCGGCGCUGGGCUGCGCGCGCGCGCGCCCGCGCCAGCCGCCGCGCGCGCCCGCCGCGCUGCUGGUGGUGGGCGGCCAGGCGCCCAAGGCCGUGCGCGACGUGGAGGCGCUGGAGCUGGGCGCGGGCCGCUGGCGCGCCGCCGCCGAGCUGCCGUCGCGCCGCUGCCGCGCGGGGCUGGCGGCCGUGGGCGCGCGCCUGUACGCGGUGGGCGGCUUCAACGGCACCCUGCGCGUGCGCAGCGUCGACGUGUACGACGUGGCCGCCGACGCCUGGAGCCCGGGCCCGCCGCUGUCGGCGCGCCGCUCCACGCUCGGCGUCGCCGUCAUCGGCCACGUCAUCUACGCGGUGGGCGGGUUCGACGGCGCCACGGGGCUGAGCUCGGCCGAGGCGCUGGACACGCGCGAGGGCGUGUGGCGGCCGCUGGCGCCCAUGAGCACGCGCCGCUCGUCCGUGGGCGUGGCCGUGCUGGACGGCAAGCUGUACGCCGUGGGCGGCUACGACGGCGCCUCGCGCCAGUGCCUCAACUCCGUCGAGAGGUACGACCCGGCGGCGGGCGCGUGGGAGCCGGUGGCGGAGAUGGGCGCGCGGCGCUCGGGCGCGGGCGUGGGCGUGGCCGGCGGCGCGCUGUACGCGCUGGGCGGCCACGACGGGCCCGCCGUGCGCCGCUCGGCCGAGCGCUUCCGGCCCGCGGACGGCUGGGCGCCCGCGCCGCCCAUGGCCGCGGCGCGCCGCAACGCCGCCGUGGCCGCGCACCUGGGCCGCCUCUACGUGGUGGGCGGGGACGACGGCGCCGCCAACCUCGCCACCGUCGAGGUGUUCGACCCCACGACGGACCAGUGGACGACGCUGCCGAGCGCCAUGUCGCUGGGCCGCUCGUACGCGGGCGUGGCCGUGGUGGAGCGCGCCCUCUGACCCGCGGCCGCGCCCCCGCGCGCGCCCCGCCCCGCCCCCGCGCACCCCCCGCACCCCGCGCCCG